CGGAAAAACGACUCGAGUAGAUCCAAUGAGAUCACGCCGCGUUCUGGGCCCUAUGGUGUGAGAACAAGCCGGCGUUAGCAAGGAAAUAAGAAAAACGUUAUUAGUGGGGUUACGAAGGUUUCAGUCAAUAGACCAAACGAACAAUAACUACGUUACUAACAGUUUUAAUAGCUACGUGCUCUUUCAUUUUGCGUUAACCAGCCUGCUUCCUAAAACGUUCUACUGCUGGCUGGAUCAAGGUUACCAUGAGGAGGAAGCUGACAUUAUCGGUCCUGUUCUGCCUGGUCCUGGCUCUUUUCCCUUCUCAAACAGCCACUGUGGCAGUCAUGUCAGUAGACUUGGGCAGUGAGUGGAUGAAAGUAGCAAUAGUAAAACCUGGCGUGCCAAUGGAGAUUGCUUUAAACAAGGAGUCCAGGAGGAAAACGCCGGUAGCUGUGUGUUUGAAAGAAAAUGAGCGUCUUUUUGGAGAUAAUGCAUUAGGAAUGUCUGUGAAGAACCCAAAAUUUGUCUAUAGGCAUCUUCAGAGCCUCCUGGGCAAGAAGCACGACAACCCACAGGUGGCAAUCUACCAGAAACGCUUCCCCGAGCACAAACUGGUGAAAGAUGAAAUCCGGGGCACAGUUCUUUUUAGAAACUCUGAAGAAAUGGAGUACUCUCCAGAGGAGCUCCUGGGCAUGGUGUUGAACUAUUCACGGGCACUGGCUCAGGACUUUGCAGAGCAACCCAUCAAAGAUGCCGUGAUCACCGUCCCAGCGUUUUUCAAUCAGGCAGAGCGCAGGGCAGUCCUGCAGGCUGCGCAGAUGGCGGGUGUUAAGGUCCUUCAGCUUAUUAACGACAACACUGCGGUGGCUCUCAACUACGGUGUCUUCAGAAGGAAAGAUAUCAACAGCACAGCUCAGAACAUCAUGUUCUAUGACAUGGGUUCAGGGAGCACCACGGCAACCAUUGUCACUUACCAGACCGUCAAGACCAAAGAGUCAGGCACCCAGCCACAGCUUCAGAUACGAGGAGUGGGGUUUGACCGCUCUCUAGGGGGUUUUGAGAUGGAGCUGCGGCUCCGGGACCAUCUGGCCAAGCUCUUCAAUGAGCAGAAGAAGACCCCGAAGGACGUGAGGGAGAACCACCGCGCCAUGGCCAAGCUCCUUAAAGAGGCCCAGAGACUCAAGACCGUUCUGAGUGCCAACGCUGAUUUCAUGGCACAGGUUGAAGGGCUCAUGGAAGACAUAGAUUUCAAGGCCAAGGUGACUCGUGUGGAGUUUGAAGACCUGUGUGCUGACCUGUUUGAGAAAGUGCCUGGACCUGUGCAUGAGGCCCUCAGCUCAGCAGAGAUGUCCCUGGAUGAAAUUGAGCAGGUGAUCCUGGUGGGCGGGGCCACCCGAGUGCCUAAGGUGCAGGAGGUGCUUCUCAAAGCUGUUGGGAAAGAGGAGCUGGGGAAGAAUAUCAACGCAGACGAGGCAGGAGCCAUGGGUGCUGUGUACCAGGCCGCUGCCCUCAGCAAGGCCUUCAAAGUCAAACCCUUCCUGGUCAGAGAGGCUGCCGUUUUCCCCAUCCAGCUAGAUCUUUCUCUUAAUCUCCAGGUGGAGUUCACCAGGGAGACUGAGGAGGAAGAUGGUUCCAAGAGCCUGAAGCACAACAAGCGUGUCCUGUUCCAGAGAAUGGCUCCUUACCCACAGCGCAAAGUCAUCACUUUCAACCGCUACACUGAUGACUUUGCCUUCUACAUUAACUACGGAGACCUCAGCUUCUUGAGCGAAGAUGACCUCAGUGUGUUUGGCUCUUUCAACCUGACUACAGUGCAGCUGUCUGGGGUGGGCAGCAGUUUCCAGAAGCACAUUGAUGCUGAGUCCAAGGGCAUCAAGGCCCACUUCAACAUGGAUGAGAGUGGCGUGCUGCUCUUGGACCGGGUGGAGUCUGUCUUUGAGACCAUUGUGGAAGAAAAGGAAGAGGAGUCGACUCUGACAAAAUUGGGAAAUACAAUUUCCAGCCUGUUUGGAGGCGGAUCCUCAGAGCCCAGCACAAACGUAACAGAACCAGUUCAGGAUGAGGAGGAAGUCCAUCCGGAGGCUGGGAAGGAACAGGAGGAGCAGGGCCAGAAGGAAGAGGCUGCAAACCAGGAAGAGAAGCUGGAACCUCAGGAGACUCCGCCACAGGAGGAGGAGGCGGCCCCAACCCAGGAGAAGACUGAAGGAGAACCAGUAGACACCAAGGCUGACCCUCAGGAUGAAAAGGAGGAAUCCAAAUCUGGAAAAGCAGAGGAUGAGAAAAGAACAGAUGAGGCAGAAAAGACUGAGGCAGAGAAGGAGGUAGAGAAGAAAGCCAAGCCUCAGAAGAAAAGUAAGAUCUCAGAGGAUGUCGCAGUGGAGCUCCAAGUAAACGACAUCCUUAACCCUAGCUUGGAAGCUAUCACGUCCUCAAAAAAGAAGCUCCAAGACCUAACUGACAGAGACCUGGAAAAGCAUGAGAGAGAGAAGACCCUGAACAGUCUUGAGGCAUUCAUUUUUGAGACCCAGGACAAGAUGUACCAGGAGGAGUACCAGGCUGUGGUGUCUGAGGAGGAGAAGGAGGAAAUCACAGCCAAGUUGAGUGAGGCAUCAGCCUGGCUGGACGAAGAGGGCUAUUCCGCGACCACCAAGGAGCUGCGAGAGAAGCUUCAGGAGCUCAGGAAAUUGUGCAAGGCUGUUUUUUUUCGCGUGGAGGAGCGGAAGAAGUGGCCUGACCGCCUGGUCGCCCUAGAUAACAUGCUCAACCAGUCCAGCUUCUUCCUCAGGGGCGCCAGAAGCAUACCUGAGGACGACCAAAUCUUCACGGAUGUUGAGCUGAAGACGUUGGAAAAAGUCAUCAAUGAGACCACUACGUGGAAGAACGACACGGUGGCUGAGCAGGAGAAGCGGUCUCCCACCGAGCGGCCUGUCCUGCUGUCCAAAGACAUUGAAGCCAAGUUGUCUCUGCUGGACCGUGAGGUCAACUACCUGCUGAACAAGGCCAAGUUUGCCAAGCCUAAGGCAAAGCCCAAGAACAACAGCACCACCACCCCCCCAAAGAGCAGCAGCAAGGCCAACAGCAGCCAAACAGAGGACAAAGUCAUACCACCUGAAGAGACCAAAGACCAAGAAGGCGCUGAGGAGAUCCGGCCAGGAGAGGAACAUAACACAGACUCGUCCAGCCAAUCACAGCCUAAAGAUGAAACAGUGACUAUAGAAGGCAAUGACGAGGUGCGUCCAGGAGAAGAACCUCCCAUUAAAGAGCCCGCUGGACAGAAUACUGACUCGUCCAGUCCAUCACAGCUUGAAGAUGAAACAGCAACUACAGAAUCAACAGAGAAAAACCAGUCAGAAAACCAUAUAGGGGAUGAAUUAUAACAGCUGGAACUGAAGAGAUCUUGUUGUAUUUAUUGACAUUGUUUAAAUGUUCAAGUUUCCUUGUUUUUUGUUUUGGUUUAGUUUUUCCACCAUUUUAUGUUGAAAACCGAAAGACAUUGGAUCAAGUGAGACCUUGAACUGUCAUGACCUCUUCCCUUUCUGUUCUUCACCCCGCCACUGUUCAUUUCUCCCACGCUCACUGACACGCUGGUGAAGCAUGACUUCAAAAGUCUUGAAUAACCAGUCAAUGAACUGAAUCUAAGAUCUCGAGUUUGAGUUCUACAAUCCUGCCCUAAAGGUUUAGUUUUCCACACCAUAUUUGACAACUGUAAUAAUUGCCCUGCAUAGAACAGAACAAGUACUUGAUGUUUUGUUUUGUAAGGACCAAUAAUAAUAUUACAUUUCCUCCACUGAAACACUGUCUAAAAAUGCAGCUUUCGUCACAUUCUGUGAUUAAAAAGGGCGGUUUCUGAGUUGUCUUCUCAAGCAUGGUUACCCUCAAACCUGUUUUUUUUUUUGGGGGGGGGGGGGGUUUCCAGGGCAAAUUUUGUUUAUGCACUUAGGUGUGCUUGCGUGUGUGCGUGUGUGUGUAUGCCUGUGUGCAUCUAGUUGGGAUGGAUGCUCCCCAUGGCAAGUGGAACAGUAUGUUUUAGUUAAAUAUCGAAUUCCUUGCUUACUAAACUAAGUCCUGCCUGUUGCCUGUGUCAUCCCAUGCUAUUGCUUCUGGAUGGGCUUGAAACUCAUGUUAUCAAAUUCAUUCAAAUGUGGUCAUGCUGGAUAGAUGUAUUGAUAGAUGGCUAUAACAUUUGUGCAUUAAUUUGCUUACAUCUGUAGUAAUUUGUACCAACAGUCUUGCAAACUUGUUAGCUUGCUUCAGCAUGCCUGCUUGAUUAGAGUAAUAGCAGGGUGGUAAUACAUGUUUGUUUAUUUUUUGGUCCAUUUUGAUCUGUUUAUAUGGUCAGCAGAAGCUAAUCAGUUAUAGCAUCUCAACAGUAUUUGAAAUGUUUUGAAUUCCAGAGUCCACAACUUUUAAAGUCUGUUAUUUUGUCCUUGUGCAAGACCGUUAAAACAAACCACUCCUGUCAAUUGCUAUGGGUAAGAGUGUCUGCUAAAUGAUUGAAAUCUAGAUAGGUUCUUUACUGAAUGUUGCCGGUACUUUGGAAGCCCAUUCAUAGUUUACUCAACCAGGCAGCAUAGUGUAAGUCUUGUUAACACACUGAAAAUGCAAAAACAGUGAGGUCUGUACAGUACUCCACAAAGGAUUUCAUCAUCUACAUAUAACCCUCUUUUGACAAUCACUGUUAAGUGUCAGUGAUCCUAAUGUGUUGCUUGUCAGAACCCUCAACAUAGUCUCAUGAUAAUUGUUACGAAAAACAACUUAAUUGGUAUAAGGGGGAAACAAUUUAUUGAAUCACAUUUACCGUUUGAUAAUCAUACUUCAUUGCAGUCUCCCAUCAGUGUUCAAUAGUUCAGUAAACAAUUUUUAGGCUUGCCAUGACUGGAGUUCAAAUGUUUAUGGAAUGAAAUGGCACAGACUAUCAUAUCCCAUUGCAUAAUACUUUUGUACACUGUGCCUUUCAGAAUGUGUGAAUGGGUGCUGGUAUGAAUUUGAGGUCCGUUGCACUGCCUGAAGACUAAUUAGAUAAUGUUCUCCCUACUCUGCUAGAGUUUUAAAAAGCUUCAGAGUGUUUUGAGCUGUUUUCUGCAUCCCCAUGGGAGGUCUAUGGGGGGGAAAUGAAAUAAACAAAUGGGAGAUGCCAAUAAUGUUUUGUUUGAACACUCAAGUGUUGUUCUUUGAAAAGACAAAUGUAUUUUGACAUGGAGGAUAGAGGAAUCUAUAGUCUCUUCUGAAACUAAGUUUGAAUUCAAAGGUACAAUUGUAACUCUGGGCUAGGGUCCAUGCUGUAAAUGGAAUCCUUGUUGAAAGUAUUGACUUCUCAUGCUUCCGUUUCAAUUCUGGAAUGUUCUAAAAUGUAGUAAAAGACAACAGGAGGAAAAAAACUAAUACAAUUUAGAAAACAA